AUGUAUACUGGUGGAGGAGGGCUUCUUUUUGCGUCAUAUUAUGUAAACCAUUUAGAAGUCGUGCCAAUAAGUAAUCGGCGACGAUUUAUAGACGUAACCCCUAAGCAAGAAGCAAGAUUAGCACAACAAGCAUACUCUGAAAUAAUGAAGCGGUAUCGCCAUAAGAUUUUGCCAAGUUGGGAUCAUCGUACGCGAUUUGUCAGAAGUGUUGCUCAACAAAUUAUAAGAGUUAGUGGAAUGGAAGAUUUGAAAUGGGAAGUUCAUGUUAUUGAUUCCCCGGAAAAAAAUGCGUUUGUGUUACCUGGCGGCAAAAUCUUUGUUUUUACAGGGAUAUUACCGAUUGUUGAAAAUCAACAUGGUUUGGCAGCAGUUCUUGGACAUGAGAUCGCACAUCAAGUCGCUCGUCAUAGCGCUGAAAAACUUUCUUUUGCCAAAAUUAUAAUUAUAUUACAACUUUUUCUUAGCUUUUUCAUUGAUCCCGGUCUUCUUGGCAAUAUUUUUAUAGAACUUGGCAUAAUGAUGCCAUUUUCGCGUAAAUGUGAAAGUGAGGCAGACUACAUUGGCCUCCUUCUAAUGGCGCAAGCAUGUUAUAAUCCGGAAGAAGCAAUAAAUAUGUGGAAAAGAAUGAGUAAAGCUGAAAAAGUAGCACCACCACAAUUUUUAAGCACGCAUCCAAAUCAUGAGGCAAGGAUAAAAAAAAUUAACGAAUGGUUGCCUGAAGCACUACAAAAGAGAGCGGAAAGUGAUUGUGUAAAUCAAUUUGCAGGUUUUAAAAGUACAACAGAACAUUUCAGACCAUUAUGGGUUAAUUGGUAA